AUGAAUGCAGGGACCACAGAGCAUUCCAAGUCCGACGACACUUUGAGCGAAGAUGCCGCGAGAGCCAUCGGAGAUGUCCUAAAUCUGGGAUAUGAGAAAUACAGCAGCGGGUUGCCAACAACGCCGCCCCGGUUUGUUGCCUUGGGCACUCUGGGGGUUGAUAGCGCUUUCUGGGCGACCUCCGAUCCGACUGCUAUCAAGUUGAGACGUAGCUGCCGGUGGUUUUACGACAAUUCCUUCCACAAGGAUCUGUACGGGAUGGAAAAGUUUGUGGCUAUCGAACUUGGUGAGCUUUGCCGCAACACGUUGGUUGUCCGACCUGGGUUCCUCACCGACGACGACCCAAAGGUUUUCAUCGUCCACAUCGGUACCGUGAUGAGCCCGCCAUCAGGUUUUACCAUUAGCAGAACGACUUUAGGCGAGUGGCUGUUCCGGCAUGGCAUUUUUGGCAACUUGCAAGGCAUCAUCAGUAUCACCGGCUCUUGA